UCCGUCGUCCAAAUGCUCCAAUGACAUUAACCCGCUUUAGGGGAGGUGGGACUUCCGGUUACUGGUAUAAACCAACUGAGGCCUCCCAUGCGGUUUUGAUCUGUCGGUGCGCUCGGAGCUAACGUUGUAAAGACAUACACAAUGGCUGAGAAUGAUGUUGACAACGAACUGCUCGACUAUGAAGAAGAUGAGGAGCCUCAAACAGCUGAGAGCGCCGCCCCCGCAGGCAAGAAGGAGGUGAAGGGUUCCUACGUUUCCAUCCACAGCUCCGGCUUCAGGGAUUUCCUUCUCAAGCCAGAGCUGCUCCGUGCCAUCGUUGACUGUGGUUUUGAGCAUCCAUCUGAAGUCCAGCAUGAAUGCAUCCCACAAGCUAUCCUUGGCAUGGACAUCCUCUGCCAAGCCAAAUCCGGUAUGGGCAAGACGGCAGUGUUUGUGUUGGCGACACUCCAACAGAUCGAACCUAUUGACGGACAGGUGUCUGUAUUAGUCAUGUGCCACACGCGAGAGCUGGCCUUCCAGAUCAGCAAAGAGUACGAGCGUUUCUCCAAGUACAUGCCCAAUGUAAAAGCCGCAGUGUUCUUUGGCGGUCUGGCCAUCAAGAAGGAUGAGGACGUCCUGAAGAAGAACUGCCCUCACAUCGUGGUUGGAACGCCCGGCCGCAUCCUCGCUCUGAUCCGGAACAAGACCCUCACUCUGAAGAACGUCAAGCAUUUUGUCCUGGAUGAGUGUGACAAAAUGUUGGAGCAGCUAGACAUGAGGCGUGACGUUCAGGACAUCUUCAGGAUCACACCUCAUGAGAAGCAGGUGAUGAUGUUCAGCGCCACACUGAGUAAGGAGAUCCGACCAGUAUGCCGCAAAUUCAUGCAGGAUCCUAUGGAGGUGUUUGUGGACGACGAGACCAAACUGACGCUCCACGGCCUCCAACAGUACUACUGCAAGCUGAAGGACAGCGAGAAAAACCGCAAGCUGUUUGACUUGCUCGACGUGCUGGAGUUCAAUCAGGUGGUGAUCUUCGUCAAGUCUGUCCAGCGCUGCAUCGCUCUGUCUCAGCUUCUGCUGGAACAGAAUUUCCCUGCCAUCGCCAUCCACAGAGGAAUGGCUCAGGAGGAAAGGCUGAAUCGCUAUCAGCAGUUCAAGGACUUCCAGAGGCGGAUCCUGGUGGCCACAAACCUCUUUGGCCGAGGGAUGGACAUCGAGCGAGUCAAUAUCGUUUUCAACUACGACAUGCCAGAAGACUCUGACACCUAUUUGCACAGGGUUGCCCGUGCUGGUAGGUUUGGGACCAAAGGCCUGGCUAUAACCUUUGUGUCUGACGAGACCGAUGCCAAGACUCUCAACGAUGUGCAGGACCGCUUUGAGGUCAACGUGGCCGAGCUGCCAGAUGAGAUCGACAUCUCCUCUUACAUCGAGCAGUCCAGAUGAGUCCUCCGGCCAAACAGAAGUCUCCUCUCCACGGAUCUUGUCUUGUAUUUGGAAGUAGACGUACUUCACUGUUGAUUUGAAAUCUCUGCGUGUUCCCUUAUGUUCACCAAACAUUUUAUUUUUAUUGUCAGUUUUUUGGGGGAACGGGGGGGUUAUGAUUUUAAUUUGUCUUUUUUUCCGGUUUGUCUUUUGCUUACUGACAUUAAAACUUUUUAUAAAAUGCCAUUUUACUUUUGUGGUCUCUUACGAGGCUAUUUGUCUCUACCCCCAUUAUCAUUGAUCUCACUGUCGAGCAGCGUUUCAGGGAAGCAUUCAGAGACAUAGUCCUGAGGAACAUGUGUCCACUGUUUUUAUCUUUGUUUUUCUUUAUAUCCGAGCUAGAUUUGUAUAAGACGUUUCCCCCCCCCCCAGUGCUAAAAAGUUGAUCUUUAGAUAGUAAUUCUGCAGGCAUGUCGUGUUAUGUGAGUGAAGAGACACAUUUGGCUCAUAUGGCAGCUCUUUUUAUGACUUUCUAACUGAAUGCCUCCAAUAAACAGUCACUAAGUGAAGUCCUAGUGUUGAAUUUCCAGAUUUUGAUUCAAGUAUGUCUUCAGCACACUGUGUACACAUGAAUUGAUGCUCACCGUGUAUCUCUUGGUAUGUUUGUUUGGCAAUAUUAAAAACAUGAAACAUCAUAAAUGGAAAUAUUAGCCGAGUCAGACCUUGGAAGGAUCAAGCAAACGUGCACUAAAAUUAGCCUGAUGACUGCUUGGUAACAAUGGGUUAUGAGCCAUGCUAGCAGCAUAGCAUUGUAGACGGCUAUCAUUUGAUAUCUCAAGCUGUUUUAAUUGGAGCAACAUUAAAUCAUGGGAAACUCAUGGUCCCAAGAGAUAUUCACAAAAUUUAUGACCUCCAUUAAGCCCAUCAUACCAACACUCCGAGAUGGUGACGGUAUGGAGCUAAAUGAGAUGUUGGUAUCAAGUUGAAAACAUUGCAGAGCUGCUGGCAUGGCUGUAGACUUGUAGUCAUCGUGAGUGUGAAAUUUGAAUCCCUCUCCAGUCAUUGAAUAAAUCUCUAAAAACUCA